GUCCCUCUGAUAAAUUGGUUAUCAGAGGACACCUCGCUGGUCAUGUGCAAGGAGCUCUGCCCCUCGUGCCUGCACAGCGCUCCACGGCUGGGCUGGAGGAACUCGCUCUCUCCAAGGACAGCAAGAGAACAGGAACUGUACAUUUUGAUAGACCCAAAAUGAACCACAGCAGCUGCAAUAUCACAGCCUAUGAAGUAUUUCCACUUGUCCAGCUGUGUGUUUACAUCCCAGUUUUGGUUUUGGGCAUUGUGCUGAAUGUGUUGGCGCUGUGGGUGUUCUGUUGCAAACUCGGCAAAUGGACAGAAACCAGAGUGUACAUGGUCAACCUGGCUGUGGCUGACUGCUUGCUGCUCUUCACCUUGCCAUUUAAAACUCUGUCCCAGUUCCAGCACCUGAAGGUAGAUGGGUGGUGCCUGGUUCUGGAAGGUGGCUAUUUCCUAAACCGCUUUAUGAGCAUUGGCAUCAUCACCAUCAUCGCUGCUGACAGGUACCUUGCAAUCAAGUACCCUUUGAGAGCCAAAGCAUUGAGGUCACCACUGAAGGCAGCUUUUGCCUCUGGAUUCCUUUGGAUCGUCAUCAUCUGUGAGAUUUCCCUCAUUAAAAGCUUUGAGGACCGAAGAGAAGAUGAUUUUUGCUUUGAAAAAUCUUCCGUGACGCCGUCGGUGAUCACACUGUGUGCCAUUAUUGCAGGGUUUUUCAUACCACUGCUCAUCCUGAGUUACUGCUCCAUACAAAUCAUUGCAGAGCUCAGGAGAAAGAAGGAUGGAAGCUGUCACAAUGAAAAGCUAACCAGGAAAGCUGUCUACAUCGUGUCUGCAAACAUGGCUGUGUUCAUCAUAUGCUUUUUGCCUCUUUACCUGGGGCACCUCCUCCGCUUCUUCAUGGACCUCAGCUCCCACUGCUCGGCCAUACAGAGCAUCAACAACUUCGUUCACUUCUCCUCCAUCCUGGCCAACACCAACUGCUGCCUGGAUGCCAUUUGUUACUACUUUGUCAACAAGGAAUUUAAGGAAGCAUCUUCCAAGCUAGCAAAGUCCAAAUCUGAGGCCAGUGAAGAAGCUGAAGUUCAACUCCCACACGUAACCCAUUAAUGCAAAACACAUACAGCACAUAUUUUAUAUUUGCUGUGUUCAACUGGGACUCACUAGCAGGAUUUCACACUUGCUUUUUGUAAGAGUGGGAUGGAGGGAUGUUCUACUAACAGGAAACAUUCAGAUACAUGAUUCAGCUCUGAAUCAGACAGCCACAACAGUCUAGAUCCUGAUCUAAUGAUCUGGAUUGCCGCUAACAAUUCUCUGCCUUAACGCAAAUGUAUGUAAAAUUAUAGAUUUCCCCUGCCAAAAUUCCCCUGUCUUUCAUUUUCCCACAAAACCCAAAAGAAGCUCAGGCAGUGGUAAAUGAUUGGGUUUUGUCUUUCAUUCCCACUUUGGAUCAGUGUUUGUGCAGCUGUGACAAAGAAAUAGGUUAUUCCAAAUAUCAACAAAUUUUAAAAAAUCAGAGUGAAACCAUGCAGAAAAAUAAAGGAUGGUGUUUCUAUAAGUAACAAACAUACUGGGUUUUAUUUCCUAAUAAUGCACUAUCCAAUAACUGGCAUAUUUAGCUUGCUUUAAAAAACUUUACAGCAAUGUGACAGCUACAAAAUGGUCAUCAUUACAAUACGACGUCAAAAAAUUGCAAUUGCUUGUACUGGGGAAAAUCUUUACAUCAAAAACGUUUGAAUCAAAUGGCAUUAAAAUUAAAUAGAAGAGUUGGUGCAAGGCAGUGGGAACAAGGACUCUGCAUUAGGACUCUCUUCAACUGUAAAAUGCAAAGGAUUGUCUAAAGAAAGUGGUAUCAAAGCUGUUCCAAAGGAAUCAACCUAAAUAA